UGGGUAGGCCUGUGGCCACUACGGCUUAAGGCCGAAUUGUUUGUUCUGUGAUUGGGCGAACCUCCUGACAAUCAGGGCGGAGCCAGCGAAGAGUCGGCCAAUGGCUGGAGGCAGCCAGGUCAGACCAGCGACUAACUGUAGGCGCGGUUGUCGUUAGACUGUUGGAGGGCAGCACAGGACAUCCUAACUGCUUGCAGGUCCUCGGCGUCUAGCGCCCGCCGGCGGCCCAUCUCGUCAUGUCAGGCACUGCUUGGCUUUAGUUCUUCAGGCCUCCGCCCACCCGCCUACCCGAAGCCGCGCCCACCGCCCAGAGCCAGAGGGAUGGUGGUAGUCACCGGGCGGGAGCCAGACAGCCGUCACUCGGACGGUGCCAUGUCCAGCUCCGAAGCCGAAGACGACUUCCUGGAGCCGGCCACUCCUACGGCCACGCAAGCGGGGCACGGGCUGCCCCUGCUGCCCCAGGAGUUUCCCGAGGUCGUCCCCCUGAACAUUGGAGGGGCUCAUUUUACCACGCGCUUGUCUACUCUGCGGCGCUAUGAAGACACCAUGCUGGCUGCCAUGUUCAGCGGGCGGCAUUACAUCCCUACAGACUCCGAGGGCCGGUACUUCAUCGAUCGAGAUGGCACACACUUUGGAGAUGUGCUGAACUUCCUGCGUUCGGGGGACCUGCCCCCCCGGGAGCAUGUGCGAGCUGUGCACAAGGAGGCCCAGUACUAUGCCAUUGGGCCCCUCCUGGAGCAGCUAGAGAACAUGCAGCCACUGAAGGGCGAGAAGGUGCGCCAGGCCUUCCUGGGACUCAUGCCCUAUUACAAAGACCACCUGGAGCGGAUCGUGGAGAUUGCCCGGCUUCGCGCAGUACAGCGGAAGGCCCGCUUUGCCAAGCUCAAAGUCUGUGUCUUCAAGGAAGAGAUGCCCAUCACCCCCUACGAGUGUCCGCUCCUCAACUCCCUUCGCUUUGAGCGGAGUGAGAGUGAUGGACAGCUCUUUGAGCACCACUGUGAAGUGGACGUGUCUUUUGGGCCCUGGGAGGCCGUGGCUGAUGUGUACGACCUCUUGCACUGCCUGGUCACUGACCUCUCAGCCCAGGGCCUCACGGUGGACCACCAGUGUAUCGGGGUGUGUGACAAGCACCUUGUCAACCAUUACUACUGCAAACGCCCCAUCUAUGAGUUCAAAAUCACGUGGUGGUGAGUUGUCCUCAGAAGCAAGAGUCCCACGAAGGAGGAUGUCCGUCCUCUUGGGUGGCUCUGGGAGUCUGAUCCCCAUAGGGGCUGCUGACUGUCCCAGAAGCCGCUGAGGUGAGAGGACAGAGCGCAGAGGCACAGAUGCAGAGAGAGAGGCCCAGGCGCUUGCUACAGUCUCCCUGGUUCGUGGAUCUUGGGGACUUGGUCUGCUCUCACCUGGUCUUCUCUUCAAGGCCUGGCAGUCUUCACUGGAAGCCACAAGAUCUAGCAAGGAUGUCACUGGGAGUCCAGAGAGCUUUUGAUACCUUCUUGACGCCCUGCAGGAAAGUUCCUGCCUGUCCCUGACGCAGAUAGCAUCACUGCCUCACGUUGUUUGAACCUUCCCAAGUGUGUCGGGUGGGAUAAAGAGUGAGCUAGGGGUUUUGCCCAAACAUCUGCCCUGUAUCCCUGGCCAAAGAAGAAAGCCUGCAUCUCUUCCCAGUGUGCUCCUUAGUCUUCCAGUGACUUGCAGUAUCUUGUCUUAUGAUGUAGAAAGAUAUAUCCCAUGUUCCCAGAACACACCUGUCACCUUCUCUUGGAGAUUAACCAUAGCUGCCAAAGCCGUGUACCAUGUUGGGCCUUAGAAAAACCACAAUGUUUACAGCCCUGCUCCGGGGCUUUGGCUUCUCCCUUCUUUGCAGGGUUACCCUUUCACAGGGAUGGAAUGUUAAGUUCUAAAGGUUCUUUCUGAAGAUUCCCCAAGGCAGGCAGACAAGGAGCCUGGACCCUCUUGAUAUGUAGGAUCCCUCUCAGAUGUCAAGAACACAGGGCCUUGCUGUGGAGUCUUAUGUGGGAGCCAGUGUGGUAAACCUCUCUGGAAGGGGUGCUCUCUUUCAUUGAUAGUUUUUAUUCAGGGUGGUGGGGACUUGCUCUGCAGUCAGGGACAGGGUACAACCUGUACCCCCUAAAGAGAGAGCUGUUUAGCGUUCCUCUGAGAGCAUUGCAUGUCCAGGCUGCACUUUGGCUUCUAAGUAGUCAUGGGUGUCCUUGAAUGAUAAUUUUUUUAAUGAAACUCUUUUUUUUUUUUUUUAAAUGUAAGGAAUUGUUAAGGACAGCAUUGCCAAGCUCAGUCCUGUAGGAUCAGAGUGGAACAGUCUGAGGGAUAAAAGGCCUGGGGCUUCUGACUCUGAGCUAAAUUCCUCUGUGCAGCUGGAGGGCAGUGACUCUCCUGGGCUCUUGUGGAAACACACAAUUUUGAACGUGGGUCUCACUCUGAGUGUAACAGAGAGGCUGAGGUCCAUGGCAGGGAUGAGGGGCAGUCAUCAUCCAGGACAGCUGCUCUCUCUGUUCUCCUCAGCAAACAGUCACAUCAUCUGAGGUGCUGAUGUCCUUGCUCGAAGCUUCGUCCAGCACUGUGGCUCUGGCCUUGUUUCAGCAAAGAUGUUCCUUAUUUCAACCGAUUUUUUUUUUUUAAUUUUUAUUUUUCGGACAGGGUCUUAUGUAGCCCAGGCUGGCCUCAUAUUAGCCGUAGUGCUAUGGACGACCUUAUACUCUUGACCUUCCUGCUCUACCUCCGAAGCUCUGGGGGACACAGGCAUGUCCCGCCUCACCUAGCUCUUAUGUUCAUUGUCUGGAGAGCUAGUGAAGUACACCGUUCAGGAUGAUGCCCACGUGGGUAGAAAGCAGACAGUUAAGCCCGGGGCAGUUAGCCUGGGGCUCUCUACUUCCUGCUCUAGAAUAUUGCAAUGCUUGGAAAAUUAGAGCUCACAAAUAUAAGACAGAAAAUGUAUCCGCUCAAAAACCGGGCCCAGACUGCUUGCUGAAGGUUGAAAGAUGCUAGGUAAAGAUGCCGUCUUUGUGACUUGCUGGAGAUACUGUUUUUCUGUUCCCUUUUUUAUUCUCAGGAUGAUAUAGUUUGUACCAUUGUGGCAAGAGAAAGCUCUAGGCUGCUGGAGCAGGCAGGGGUGGGAUACAAGAUAGCCAGCUCAGCAAUCCACCCCCCUCUUUUUUUUUUUUUAUAGAUAGUUGACUUGAUAUUUAUGGUAUUAGGGAUCAAACCAUGUACUGAAUCUUCUUGUGUGGUUUUUUUUUUAAAUAACAAAACCCUUUGCAUUUUUAAGCCAGCGACUUGUCCGCCGUCUUGCAGCACGGAAACUUUUCUUUGUACUACAAAAUAUGUUUGUUAUAAUUCUAAUUCUCCCUUGACUAGUAAAAUAGAACUAUGAAAUAAAGCAAUAUAUAUUGGGAUCUGGGAUGUGGUUCCAUGGUAGAAUAUCAACCUAGUGUGCCCAAGGCGCUGGGUUCCCUCUUCAGCACCACCAAAAACCAAGUAUGUCCAAGUGUAUCUUUGCUACUUGGACUCUCUCCUCACUAGCCUUCUCUUCCCUCUUGGAACUUCUCUUAAAUGGAAUAAAAGAAUUCAUAGCCUGUUUUGGCUCUCUCACGAGAAGCCAAGGCCACGUCUGAAAUGCGCUGUUGCAUGUGGUGGCUGGGGGUGACUUCUGAAUAAAAGGGUCAUAUCUGUGGGAAGUA